CAUGAAGAAAAAUAACAUGGAACCUUUUCUGACAAGAACUCUCGGAGAUGCUACCAAAUGAUAUGCAAAUACACAUGGUGCUGCUUACCAACAAUGAACUGAAGUACAUUUUCCCAAAUUGCUACAUUUCCUUAUCAGUUAUUAGUUGAAUAUUACAUGUUACAAUUGACAAUACGGCAUGUAUAGCCCCUCAUAGCCCUCCUUCAUUAUCUUCCGUCUUGAACCGUAGUCCAUUGAAAAGCGACCUUGUUUCUUUAAGAUUCGGCUGUAAGCCAUCAACGGGUCUGUCUGUUCUUUGUUGAAGAGAGAGCGAGUUGAGGUUGAUGUUUUGGGGACUGAGGACAAGUCGUGCAUAAUAUCACCCGAGCAGCUGCGGUGGAAAGCAGCACAGAACGCCUCUGUUGAGCGCACAUCCUACCAGAGACAACAUGGGUUGUUAUGACUGCUGUAUGAAGUGCCUGGGAGGGGUACCAUAUUGCUCCCUGGUGGCCACUCUGCUGUGUUUCUCAGGGAUCGCUCUGUUCUGUGGCUGUGGUCACCAGGCCCUCACUGAGACGGAGAGACUCAUCGAGACAUACUUCGCCCGUAACCUACAGGACUACAUUACCCUGGCCUACCUUAUCCAGUACUUCCAGUAUGUUAUCUAUGGCUUGGCUUCAUUCUUCUUCCUCUACUGCAUCGUACUGCUGGCGGAGGGAUUCUACACCACCAGCGCCACCAAGCAGACCUUCGGAGAGUUUAGGAGCACCCUGUGUGGACGCUGUCUUAGUAGCACGUUUAUAUUGAUAACGUACCUGCUGGUGGUGGUGUGGCUGUUGGUGUUUGCCUUCUCUGCUUUGCCUGUCUACUUCUUCUACAACAUGGACACUACCUGCCACACCAUCACCGUCCUGACUGAGAAGACCCCAGGUAGCAUCAACCAGCUCUGUAUUGACGCCAGGCAGUACGGGCUUCUACCAUGGGAUGCGUUGCCAGGCAAGGCUUGUGGACUGACUCUGUCCACUGUCUGCAAAACCAGAGAGUUCCGUCUGACCUACGACCUGUACAUCGCAACGUUUGCCGGGGCUGGCAUCACACUCUUGGCGCUGCUCACCUACAUGGUGUCCACCACCUAUAACUUUGCGUUGCUGCGUUCCCUGGGGAGAAAGGGUAUAGGCCCACGGUGUUAGACUCUCCUUCCGACCGAGACACCCCGAGGGGACACUGACUCCCUAACACCCCUCUACUUGUCUUCACCACCUCCAGUGGUUGAUUCUUUCAACUUAAAUGAUUGGUACCUUGAGCGACUCCUAUUCUGUCCAUUUCCCCUUCAAGACCCACCGGCCUUUCCCUGUACUGUCCUCAUUGCACUACGGGUGGUUUAGUGGAUGUGUUGUUGGGAAACCCAGACGUAUACUGCCUUUUUCUACUGCUUUGUCACGGUCUUUCUCAUGUUACGUUUAGUUUGCUCUGAAGCCGUCUUCAAAGUUUUGUGUGUUUUUGUUAUUCUCCAUAUGUAUUUUUGUCGUGUGUCACCAAAUGUUUGUAAAGAUUGAUGUAAUCUUCUUCAUAUACUGAGGUGAGUGAACUUGGCAUAUACUCCAUGUUUUUAUCUUUCCUCAUUUUUAAAAAUAAAUCGCAUGUAAAACCUAACUAAUAAUUUUGGUAACAUAACAAAAUGUAUAUUUGACAAAUAUCUUCAGUUAUAAAUGUCACACUGACUCUCAUGGUUAGGGACGACUUGCCUAGUUUAGGCUAUGGGAUUCUAACCUGUUACUAUGGGUACCAUCCCUCACAUCUGGUUGCUAUGGUGCCAGGCAAGUGUGCAUUUGCAGUUCUUCUCUGACCUCAGGUCCUUUUCUCACGGGCAGCAGAAAGGCCUCAACAAUGGAGGCCGCCCCCCUUAGGACUUCUUAGAAAACUAACCAAUCAGAGGGGGUCCCUAGGGUCCACCUGCCCCGGAGGGGGGGGGUCUGUGUGACAAGGCCCCUUUGUUACUAUAGGGACCUUAGUCUGUGGCAAGGGUCAUAUUGAAUGUCUUUGGGAGAAGGUCUUCAUGACAAAGACAGGGAAAAAGGCUGAAGUCUUCUCUCAAUGGCCCGGAUACCAACCCUGCUGUGACGAACGCACUGCUGCACGACACCCCAUCUGUCGGAGGUGAUGGGCCCUGUGAAGGGACUUGGAAAGAAAAGGGUUUAUGUUUGUUUGAAUUUGUGGAUAUCUCUGAGAAAAGGGACAGCAUUUUUAGUGCGUUUGUGUCAAGACUUCUGGUUGGAACAGAUGUAGAGAAGUCCUUCAUUUCUCUUUUUUCAUGUUAAGAUGGUAAAGUUGUUACAGCUGCUUAUUUUUUUAGCAACCUUUUUUAUGUUAUUUAGAAGAUUAAAACCUCGCUUAAGAUGCUUUACUCUGGAUGGCACCACAUUGAGGGGAUUUUAGUAUCGCUCUCCCUUCUGGCGGUAUUGAUGGUAUCGUUUGCAAGAGAUGAGGUUCCAUUACAGAGGCCAAACGAUGCAGUUUGUUCUCUAGCUGUCUAGAAAAUAUUAGUAGUUAUUGUAUAACACCCCACUACUUACUGUAGAUCAAUGUACUAAUCUUAAUUCCAAUUUAUUUUGUUUUAAACAAGACGGCUUCUUUAACUAACAAAAUAUCUUGUAACAUACUGUGAGUGUAGGUCAUCCAAUUGGAUGGAUGCUUUAUCCAGCAGCACAGGUUGGUUUUGUGAACUGACGGCUGGCUGUUUCUUUGUGUUUUAUGAAAACUGUUGGUUUGGUAAUAAAAGAUGUCCUCUCCUUUUUAAAGAA